AUGGCUCCAAUUAGGUCAGAAAAUACAUUGAUAAUAUAUCCAAGAUCGCAAACAACCUUGGUCCAAUUAGGUCUAGGUGAUGAAACAUUCGCUGUGCCUAAUCUAGAAAUACCAUCUGAAAUCUAUAGAACAUUUGAUGAACUGAAUCAAUGUUUCAAAUAUCAUGCAAAUCCUAUUGAAUCUGACUCAUCCUGUGUACUAAUAAAAUUCAUCGAAAAUGGAUCAAUCAUCGACCUAGAAGCGUUCUUGCAAUUCAUCAAAUUAAUUUAUGUAUCCAUUCUAGAUUCCAAAUCUAAAGAAAAUCCAGACACAGCUUUUUCUACAGAAUUAUCAAAUAUCCCAUUCCUCCUAAUAACGCAUUAUACGUGGUCACAACCUCAAUUAGAAAAAAUAACCCAAUUCAUAUUCGAAUCAUUGAAAAUAUUAAACGCAAUGUUAUUACCAUCAUCUUUAUCUACCUCAGUGGCAAUGAUCUCAUUACAGAAUUGUUGUAUCAUCGAUAUAGGUAAAUCACAUACUGAUAUAAUCCCAAUAAUAGAUUAUACUCCAUUAUCAUUCUUAGCAUCCACAUUACCAAUGGGAGGAGAUAAUAUUAAUAAAUUUUUGAAAACUCAGUUACCUUCCAAUUUCACAGAUGAUCAAAUUGAAUCAUUGAAAAAAUCUCCCAUUUUUGAGGUCUUGAAUGACGAAGACAUCGCUAAAUAUUCUAAAUAUAGUGAUAUUUCUGAUAUAAUUAAUCCUCGUGAUAAUGCAGAAGGUAUGGAUGCUGAUAAUGAUGGUGGAUUAGAUGUCGCUCAAAUUAUUAUUAGUGAUCGUGAUACAAGAGAAUUGUUAGCUGAAAGAGAGCGUGCAAAGACUGAAAAAAAUGUACCUAAUUCUGAAUUAGAAAAUAAUUCAUUCAUUGAUAAGAAUGGGGAUGAAAUUACUGUUGGAAAACAAAGAUUUCAAGGUUGUAAAACUUUGAUUGAAAAAAUAUCUAAAAGAGUAGGGCUUGUUUUGAGUCAAAUUGAUGACAUUUCGAAAUGUAAAGCUGCUUGGGAAAAUAUAGUCAUUGUAGGUGGGAGCUCGUCUAUUCAAGGGUUUAAAGAAGCGUUAUUGACAAGACUUAUUAAAGAUCAUAUAGUUAUGGAACCAGAAAAUGAGAAAAUUAAAAGAGAACAAGACAGUUUAGACGCAGCAAAUGCUGCCGCAUCAGAAACUACAACAACCACAGCAGCUGCAACAACAACUACGAAGGGGAAAAGAAAUGCGAACAAAUUAUCUGGUAUGACAAGGUCUGUCUUUUUACCUGAUAUUGAAUAUGUACAGGGCCCUAACGUGAUAAGGUUAGCUAAGUACCCAGAAUAUUUCCCUGAUUGGAAGAAACAUGGUUAUGCUGAAAUCCCAUUUUUAGGUGGGGAAAUUGUAACCAAACAAUUUUUUAAUCAUUCAAGAGAUAGUUUUUAUAUUACAAAGGAAAAAUAUGAAGAAAAGGGUCCGUUGGCACUAUGGGAUGUUGAAUUUUAA